UAUAUCAGAGAUAUGUCACCUAGGUCCUCUCCCAGGCAAAGUCAGGUGAGAAUGAUGAAGAAAAGAAGUAGUUGGUUUUUAAAAACCUAAACCGACGCUAGGGCAAUUCUAAGGGUAUUGAGGAAUGUUUAAAGGAAGAACAUAAUGGUUGUCAAAAUAAUGUCCGGUGUAAACUUAAUGGUUGUUGAAAUUGAUGAAAAUGAGGACAUAAUGGGCAUUGGGAUGUAAAUAUGGUUAUACCUAUUGGUAUUAAAAAUAGACAUGGAGGGCGGAGACUCAUAGCACAACACUGUAUAAAAAGGGGGGCCCCACUCUAGGGUUUUCAGAUCACUUUUGGGACAUCUCAAACGGUGUGGAUCUCGUGUGGUGGAACAAUAAACUUGGACCUUUGCUUUUUCUCACUCUCUGGUUCUGUGUGGUACUUUACUCUUCCAAAAGUCAGCUAGUUGAUGCCUGCCGUCUGUGUGGAAAGAAAAAAGGAAAAGAAGAAAAAUGUGUGUGUGUGCGCACUUCAGAUUGAGCUGAGUAACAUAGAACAGUGUGAGUUUUUUGUUUUAAAAAUUUGUUUUAAUGUUUUGAAUCUGGUACGGACUUUCUGUGGGCUGUGUGUAUUAUAAUUUUAUUGGUAUCAAUAACUGCUGUGUGAGUGUUUUAAAAAUUGGGGGAGCAUGCAAGAACAUUGUAAAUAUUUUAGGCAUCUGUCAGACUGCCCAUUGUGUGAAUAAGAACUUCUAGACCAGUAAUAUAUAACAAAAUUGUUGAGAAAUCAGUGAGUCAGUCCAUUGGGACCUUUCCUUUAUAUUCCAUAAAUUAUGAAGGUGUUGUUCAGUUAAAUGACAGAUAAUAAUACAAUUUAAUUUUUGUUUAAUUACCCAAAAUUGGGUAAUAUUGAAUAGGUAAAUAUUAUGUCUAAGAAUAUUGUAAACAUGUAAGAAUUGCCGGACUGGCCGUUGUGUGAAGCUGUGUGAAACAGUUAAACUUAAGAUUUAUAAGAUUAAUUGAAGCAUUUACUUAAUUAAUUAAUCGUCAUAAGUAAAUUGAUUGAAUGUAUGUACUCUGAGUGUAUGUGAGUCCCUAGGGAGGCUGGCUGGGCCGAGUACGGAUGGAAGGGAAAAGCGGGCAUAAAUCGGUACGAGAUAGGCUAAGCAGGCUGGAACAGCAGGACAAGGUAAGAGGAAAACAUUUGGCUGUGAGGGAUAACUUAGUGGAUUUAGGGGGCAUGUACAACAGACUCUAAGGGCUGAGAGGUGUGAGACACGGCCAGAGUUAUGGCUGAAGGUAAGAAAAAGAUGAGCCCGAUAGAGAGGGUGAUAAGCAAACACUGCACAGAUGAGAAAGACAUUAGGCAUUAUUGUAAAAAAUGGAGUGAGAAGACUAGUGGUGAGUGGAAAUGGCCCGAGGAAGGUACUUUUGAUGAACAGCUAUGCCAGAUAAUGAAAGAGAGAUUAGCUGUAUGGAAUGAACAGAAAAAAGGCUUGAGAUUGAGGGAGAAAUAUGUGAAGACAGAGAAGAUAGUGGACUGGUUUGAGGAGGCAGGGAAAGAGGAGAAGGAGAAGGAUAGACGGCAGAGAGAACGAGCAGAGGCGGUGAUACGGAAGAAAGAAGAAAAGGAAGCAAGCCUAGGAAAAAAGAUAAAAGAGGCCGUUCAGAAGGAAUGGGCCGAGGCCCCGCCCUCAUAUAACCCUCAGUACCAUCCUCCAGCGAGGCCUGUCGGAAGUGCCCCACCUGCCGGGCUCUACAUGAUGCAAGACCUGGAAGACAGAGAAGAUGAAUGGAAGGAAACUGAGGUGGACAUACAGGGAACAUUCACCGGAUACCAGAGAAUGAGGCAUCGCAUGCGGGAGGAUGGAGAACCUAUCAAAAUGGAAGAAGGAGCUGCCGAAUACGAGGAUAGAACCCCGGUCGAGAGCGAAAGCCCACGGCUGGACCUCCCACAGGUAGGCAACAAAGAGAGGGACAGGGAACUACAGGAGUAUAUGAAAGACUGGACCCACACUCGGUGGCCGGAGCACGGGGAGAUUCCCCCCAGCACUAGCACCCCGAGGCCAGGGUCACUGCCGAGGGUACACAAGCAAAAAGACAAGAGACUGGGGGAAAUACAGGAGCAGGAGGGGCAUGGGACCAGGGGCAAUCAAGAAGGUCGUAGGAGCGAGAGAGGGCACGAGGGUGGAAACAGAGCACGAGGGGCUCCACAUACCACAGGAGGAGGAAAAAGUGAGCCGAGAGACAAUGUGGGGCGGGUGGUCCGUAUAGAGGGGGAUGUGGUGCUCUCCCCAUAUGCUAUCGAGGAGGAUAAGGAAUUGGAGGGCAGGAUUCAACGGCUAGAGGACGGGAUAUCAUACGGCGUGGGUAAAAUGGAUGAAUUGAAAAAUCUCGCAGGUCAAGCGUUCCAAAUGGCGACUGCUGUGAAAAAUAAGUAUGCGCACAAGCCCCGUUUGGGAGAGUCAAAAUCACAGAGGUCGAGAAGAGCACUGAACCAGUCAGCAGGGAAACAUGUGAAGAGCCUGAGUAAGGCCUCAAAAGUCCUAAUAUAUCACAAGCAGAAGAAGAAGCAAGUGAGUUCAGACAUGGAUCUGGACGAACAAGUGGGGACUGAGAGCGAGGGGACUGACACAGACAACGAAGGAAAAGUUGAACAAGACAUCAGUGAGGAGGAAGACUUGGAGCCUAGAGGAGCUAGAUCACUACGGAGCAGGGCAAGCCUGAAGCCCCCAGUGAGAUUCGAACCUGGUAUCACAGCAUACUUGGCGCAUGCCCGCUCCCAGUCGGAGCCCAGCCUUACUCAGGUUGGGGGGUCACCCCCAGGUCAGAUGAUGCCCCUCAUGGUUAAAGGAAAAGCCCUACAUUAUGCACCCUGGAAUUUCAUGGACCUAACGGGCCUGAUCCAACGACUACCCAACAUGUGUGAAGGGGGGCAGAAAUGGAUUAGAAAUGGAUCAGAAAUGGAUUGUUUGAGGAAAAAACAUCAGGACAGCACCUGGCGAUAGGCGAUAUCAAAGCCAUUCUCUGCCAAACAGUGGGCAAGGGACGGGCUGAAGAAAUUUUCGAUGGGGCAGAACACAGGGAUUUGAUAGACGACCCCAAGGCUGAUGCCAUCCCGUUUGGCCUGUACCGACAAGAAAUAUGGGAUGCUGUGAGGAGUAUGUUUCCGGCUAAGAUGGACCCUGGGAAGCUCGAAAAUAUAAAACUGAAAGACGAAGAAAACGUGAUAACCUUCAUACAAAAGUUUCAAGAUAAAUGGAGGGAUGAAACGGGUGCCAAAUGGGACGAUUCAGUGGCAAGUGUGGGACUGUUCAAACUGCUAUUGAAGAAGGCUCUCCCUGGGGAGGUACAGAAGAAGUUAGAGG